AUGAGAUACUCAACAGCCUGCUCGGCGUGUCGAGCGCGACGGCGAAAGUGCGAGGUGCCUGUCGGCGGCGGCCAGUGCACGUACUGCGCGGCCCAAAACAUUGCCUGCUCGCGGGCAGGUUCCAUCAUCCAGCCCAAGGCUGCGCCUACCAGCCCAAUCUCCGUGACGACCCCCGAGACCCCGACCGUCACCGAAAUUAUGCUCGUCAGCCCGCCCGGAAUUACGCCCUCGGCAGCCGUCGCCGAUAAGGCGCUCUGCUUCGAGCUUGUGGAGUUGUAUUUCAGCUAUAUCCACGAUCAGCUCCACUCUCUCUUUCACAGGCCCAGCUUUAUGCUCGAUCUCCACGAAGGAACCGCGCCGCUGGUGCUGGUGUAUGGCAUGAUGGCGUUAUCAGCGAGAUUCUCCUCCAAUCCCAUAUUUAAUGGUAUCCCCCCCAUCUCCAGAGGAGAGCUCUUCGCCAACGAGGGGAACCUGUUGCUCAAUUUGCGCGAUGUGUCUCUCACCAGUAUCCAAGCGUGCGUCCUCCUCGGUGCAUACUCCAUCGUAGAAGGCGAGGCAGGCGCCGAGACCGUCUUCUACUCAGCGGCCUGCAGGACAGCCAACUAUCUUGACCUGCCCAACAUGCCCACUCCUGAUCCGCUUCAACGGGAGAUUCACAUCAGAGUAUAUUGGUCGCUCUGCAUGAUCGACGUUUGGUCAUCCACCGGUGUCAACCUUCCCCUUCUAAUGAACCGUCGGAUGGACGUCCCGUUACCCAUGAACGAAUCAACGUUCCUCAACAUGACCCGCGCAAACAACAAUCACUUUGAUUUCAUACUCUCCCCUAACCGGGAAGAUUCGCUCAUCGCUCAAAUGAUUAAGCUGAACAGCAUCUUGAUGAGAGUCAAUGACGCCAUCAAGAGCCUCACCUCCGAUGUUGACGUGACCAACAUUGACGAGACUGUAUCCCAGCUGUCCCAGGAGCUAGAGGCCUGGGAAGUUGAACUACCCCCGAGCCUCCGCGACACCCCGGGCAACCUCCACUCUUUCGCCACCCAAGGGCUGGGCCGUAUCUUCAUUGCUGUGCACACUGGUCACUACCACUAUAGCCAGCUGCUCUACUACCAAUAUCUCGAUGAAGUCCAACGUUUUCCUACAUCACCUACCGCCCAAAUGUUCGCCCGAAAGUGCAAAGAAAACGCCAUCUCCAUGUCACGCAUCAUCGACGUUGCCAACACCACACCCGGCUGUGACGCCAAGUUCAAUAUGCUUGGACACAUCAUCGUCAUUACUUCUUCCAUAUUCAUUCAUACCCUACUUUUCGAAACAGAUGAGGCCGAGAUUGCUAACGCCCGCGCAACCCUGGAGCGCCAUUUUAACGCGCUUGUUGCCUUACGCGUAUACUGGCCCGCGCUCGAAGUCUGCUUCGCCCGCUUAAAGACUUUCCACGAAUUGUGCCGCAAAAGCAUGAGCACCAGCUACCGUAUGGACCGUUGGAUGCUCAGAUUUCUGACCGAGUUUGCGAGGCCGAUUAACGAGAAGGAGCGGGACGAAGAUGGUCAUAUGGACCUCGACAGGUGGAGCGUGGGCAACAUCGGUAUCAGUCCGGAAAAUUGGGCAUGA